UCCUCCUGUCACCUGGGAUUCCCCCCACACAACACGUACUGCCCGUGGCCUCCCCUCUGCACCUACACGCACAGGAAGGAGCCCGGUCUCCCCCACCCGCAGCGAACCCAAACGGUGCAGAGGGGCUGAGCCAGAGCCGCUGACUUCCUCCCGGGCCAGGAGAGCACGGCAGCCGCAGGAGAUGUGCCGCGGGCGGCGCUGCUGGAGCCUCGGCUCCCUCCUGCUGCUGCUGCUGCUGCUGCUGCUGGGGCAAAACCUGGCUCUUCUCAUCGAGAUCCCGCAGGAUGCGGUCAAUGGCACCGUGGGGCAGUCCGUGCUCCUGCCCGUCUCCUACAGAGUCAACAGCUCCUUUCCCUUCCCACUGUCAAUUCAGUGGAAGUUUGGGAACAGCUCGCAAGUGCUCAUCACCUGCACGGUGCUGAACUGCUCCCUGGAUGCUGAAGGAGCUCCCGAGAAAUGCUCUGCACAAUAUUUCCCUCACAUCCCAUACCGGCACCGCAUUGAGGUCUUCCCUGAGAACGCAUCCCUGCUGCUGCGGGACCUGCAGCUCAGUGACAGCGGGGUGUACAGCAUUGCCUUCCAACAGCAAAUGCAAAGCGGGCAGAUCAGCCUGGCAGUGCACAAGCAGCAUGUUUCCACUGGGCAUCCUGACAAAGACACCAAGGCCCAAGACAUCUCCCGUUACUACACAAUUGGAGUUUGCUCCCUAAUCGGCCUCUUUCUGCUGCUCCUGGUCCUCUGCAUAUGGUGGCGAGGUGCACUGUGGAAGAAGAUGAGAACUAUUACACAGCAGCAGGCCUCAAACACAGAGGAUAUCCACAUGGAAAACACCAUGGUAGGGGACAUGGCAACAAUUUAUGCCACAGUUGGAGAAGACUUUGAAGAGACAAAGCCAAGAGCAUCACCAGAGACUCUCUACACAUCCAUAAACUUUCCUCAACUGCCUUCUGCUUUGGCUCCAAAAUUUGCUGCAGAGCCAAGGUGAUGCUGUUGCCACUCCGUCCAUUGUGAUCAGACCCUUGGUGAGCCCCCUCCUGCCCUUGGAGUGUUUAAGUGCUUGGAGCAACAGAUUAUGGAAGUGCAUUAGUUUGCCUCAAACCACAGUUUCUCUUGAAUUUGAGGAAUGAUCUGCUUUUAGUUUCAUCUUGAGAUUUCCAGAGAGCACAGAGACACUGAACGCAAGAGAAAGAUGCCUAAAGCAAAAGCAAAACAACAGUUCACCUAUGAGGAGCUCACUUCCAGAGACACGCCUUAAUUUGAGGGGUAAUGAACACUGAAUGUAUUUCAGACGUGCAUCCCAAAGUCCCUUACCAAUUGCUUGUCAUAUUAAAAGAAUGUACAAAGAUCUUUGGACCUGGUGUCCUUG